CUAACCCUAAAAUCAGUCCCAUUAUAGCCUCCCACCUCGACCCCUCCCCGUGUGGCUGCAGUGUGUCAGACUGAGGGGGGGUGCAAGUUCACCAGCAUGGCUCUCACAUAUCAGGUGACAAUGUCGGAGAGUUAGACACCACCGGGAGCCAGAAACAAGGCGGCGGUGAAAGAAGAAAUCGGCAUGACGAGCGAGAGGCUCUCGGCGGUGAGCGGGGAGGAUGAGGAGGACGCAGCUCUGGGAUAUUACGACGACGAAGACGACCUGGAGGCGUUUUCAGACGCAGAGCUGGGCUGUGAGGACGGAGUGUUGGGCUUCAGUGAUUAUCUGAACGGAGAGGUCAAACCUCGCAUACUGCUGAUGGGUCUGCGGAGGAGUGGGAAGUCCUCCAUCCAGAAGGUGGUUUUCCAUAAAAUGUCCCCCAAUGAGACCCUGUUCCUGGAGAGCACCAAUAAGAUCUGCAGAGAGGACGUCUCCAGCAGCUCCUUCGUCAGCUUCCAGAUAUGGGACUUCCCCGGCCAAAUUGACUUCUUCGACCCCACCUUUGACUACGAAAUGAUCUUCAGAGGCACCGGAGCACUAAUCUUUGUUAUCGACUCACAGGAUGACUAUGUGGAGGCUCUGAGCAGGCUGCAUCUCACAGUGACCAGGGCCUACAAGGUCAACCCAGACAUCAACUUCGAGGUGUUCAUUCAUAAAGUAGAUGGCUUGUCGGACGACCAUAAGAUCGAGAAGCAGAGGGACAUUCACAAACGAGCCAACGACGACCUCGCAGAUGCAGGCCUUGAACGAAUACACCUGAGCUUUUAUUUAACCAGCAUAUACGACCACUCCAUAUUCGAGGCUUUCAGUAAAGUGGUCCAGAAGCUGAUCCCACAGCUGCCUACGCUGGAAAACCUGCUCAACAUUUUCAUAUCUAACUCAGGUAUUGAGAAGGCCUUCCUGUUUGAUGUGGUCAGUAAGAUUUACAUCGCCACAGACAGCAGUCCAGUGGACAUGCAAACUUAUGAACUGUGCUGUGACAUGAUCGACGUGGUCAUCGACAUCUCCUGCAUCUAUGGUCUGACAGACAGUGAAGGUGGUUUACCCUAUGACAAGGAAUCUAUGGCCAUCAUCCACUUGAACAACACUACAGUCAUGUACCUGAAGGAGGUCACCAAGUUCCUUGCUGUGGUCUGCUUCCUCCGCAAGGAAAGCUUUGAGAGGAAAGGACUGAUUGACUACAACUUCCACUGUUUCAAGAAUGCCAUCCAGGAGGUUUUUGACGUUCGAGUAAAAGUUCAACAAAACCGAAAACUCCUCAGUCAGAGGAGGUGGAGCAAACUCUCUAUGACCAAUGGCACGCUCAGCAACCCUCACUGAGGACUGAUGGUAUCACAUCAGGCAGCCAAAUGUGGCACCCUGAAUCCAGCAGACGCUUUCGUCAUUCAAAAAGAACACAUUACGUUUUUUUAUCUUACGUGGUAUUGUUCAGUCUGUUCAAUCCACAUCAGCUCCGUCCUCAGUGCCCUGCCGUCUCUGUCCUCAGAAGCAGUUGUCUGUUAGCAGCAAAGAGGACAAACAGUCUAUCACCAGGCUGAAUAAAUGUACUAGACAACAGGUUUUUUUCAAGUAGGCUCCAAAAGAAGAAUAGAAAAUUCAUUGAUUUUAUUCUCAGUAGCAGGCGGGGGCAAUCUGCUUAGAAUGAAAACAGAAAGCUCAUCGCAAAACUGGGGGGUCUUGAUCAAUCAUUACAGAUACCCUUAAUAAGCACACAACACACAAUAAAUCCAGAUAAGUCCAUUUAACAAAUAAAAAAUUGUUGAAACUGAAAAGUUUUAAGUAAAACAAACUCAGUUUUGUAAGUUAAAGGAACAUUCUUGAUUAAGUAGCUUUAGUAAUUUUAAGUGACAAUGACUUAAUUUUUAUUUGUACUGUGAAAACAAAAUACCUAGUAAGAAGCAGUUAAUCAAUAAUGUUGCUGUAACCUACAAAACUAAGUUAUUGUUACUUAAAAUUAAACAAUUGACUUUGUGUUGUGUGUUUUUGAGUUAAAAUAACGUAUUGCAUUACCUUAACAUUAAGAGAUGUAUGUGAUUUGAGAAACUGUUUGUGCUUCACUGAACAUGCCACAGAAAAAAUGCACUCGUCAGUGUAAGAAACAUGGGCAGUCCUGUAGUGAUGUGUUAUCAAAAAUCAGUUGGCAUGUUUGCAUCUAAAUAUAACCAAAUUUCGAAUAAAUAACAAGAAAAUGCAAAUGAAUGCUUGUUUCCAUCCACUACUGUUAAGCGAUUAUUAGGAGUCGGUUCAUUGAGAUAAGCAGUAGGUGGCGUCAAUUCUCCAGUCGGAAAACCAGAAAAAGAGGGCGCAGCAAGAUGAUGUAAUUAAAAGGGUGUCAGUGGACAGUAAAAAAGAAAUAUUGUUUUAUAGUUUAUGAAUUAAUGUGAGUAAGGUUCCAUCAAAUCUGUGUGCAUCGUGUUUUAAUCUCCCAUUAGAAUUAAUCCAAAUUAUUGAGAAAGACAAAAACAAUCUCUUUCAAAGUUUACUGUUUCCAUCAAACUACUAUAAUGCUGAUACUUAAAAAUGUGCAUCAUAAUUCAUUGCUGGAAACACGGCUACUGUGUUGCUUUAUUUGAUAUUUUGUGACAGACAGCAGUUUCUGUAUUUCAGGCAGAACACUAGGUUUUAACCAUUUAUUGCAACAAUACUGUAUAUAUUUUUGUUUGGCGGUGUGACUGUGCUCAUGUGAUGCAGUGAGGAUGCAGAGCUCAGCAUAGUUGAAUGCAGACUGAAGGAACAGCAAAUGGUUAAAUAGAUGUCUGUUGAGAGAGAGAGGUCAUGGACCACAUGAUUCCAUCCAUGUAGGGAACAUGUGACUAUAAAAUGACUCCUGUGCCUGCCUGUACUACCAUGAGGCUGCGUGGGUCACCUUUAGACACCAAAUCACUCCUGAGUGAUCUGAGAGAUGGUCUGUGGAGAGCAGUGCUACAUGCACUGCAGCAUAUACUGUGUUAGCAUAGAGUGUAUAUAAAGAUGGACAACAUGACAGCUUGCCAAAAGUGAAGCCAGAACAUAGCUAUUGCCCUCUGGUGGCUGGUUGCAGCAUAGGCGAUAAAGCCCGCCCCCUUCAUGUUAGCAGAUGGGCAUGGGUAAAAAAACCAAAAAACAAAAGGACUCAUCAAAUAAAUAUUUCCCAAAGACAGUUUCUGUCAUUUUAAAUAUUGUUUUUCACAGUGAUGUAUGUUCAAGUGUUUAUAAGGUUGUUUUAAUUACUUAUUAGUAGUACAACGGGUCGUAGUUGAUCUGUGAUCCAUACAGCCCUGCAUGGUUGGGCACGCAUGUGAACCACGGAUGAAAUUUAACCCUACAUUCUACUGCCGCUAGUAAUAAUUCUCAAAAUCUCAAUGUGGAGCAGUGUAAAGAUCGCCAAGAUAGAUGCAGACUGCGUUUUACUCUGAAGCUCAAUGAUUAGAGGAGUGAUUGAUUUAAAAAUGUGUAGUGUUAUUAUACUGUAUCAUGUAUAAUAAUCUCUUAUAUGAAAUUAUAGUAUACUAUGUAUGUAUUUUAUAUAUUAUGUAAUAUAGAUAUUAUUUAUAUUUUAUGUAUAUAUGUAUCUAUGUCUUUAUGCAAGGCUAUGUACAGACUGUGGCAACAAAGCUCCUUGAAGGACCAUAAAGAAUCUAUCUAUUCGGAUUUUUUUACUGAUCCAAAAAAUUAUCCAAUCCAUGCUUUGGCUUCAAUUUUGUACAGUGGGAAGAAGUGGAGACACGUCGUCCAUCUUUAUAUACUGUCUAUUUGUGUUUCUUUCAUCUGUAGGGCUCCUGUAUGGUAGUACCUUCCCAACACUGUUUAAAUCCUUCAUAGAGGCAUUAUGGGCAGGUUAAAUCCUUGAAUUAUACAAAUUAACGUAAAUUGACUCAAGCCCCAUUUGGACUGGAUGUCGCUAGGACAGGUGGUCUGAUUUUAACAUAACCUGUGCUCCUUAGUGAUUUUAAUCUGGAUUGCGUAUGUGGGUAAUCCACCACCCCAGUAAUAAUUAGAGCUGCAAUUUCCUAUUGUUUUUCUGCAAACUUGCUGGUCCUCUUACAAUUUAAAUCCUGUCCAGAGCAGCGCCAUUGUUUGUUAAAGCUGCUUGUCCUUCUAUUUUAUUGAUUUUCAGCUCAGUUUGAAUUUUGACUUUUGUGUGAAAAAGGAGGAAAUCAAAAAUGGUUUGGAACCAGUGUGACAACAUUAAAGCCAUUAGGGGAGCAAGAGCUCACAAAAUGUGUUGUUGUAAUGUGAGCCACAGGUAGAUACUGGUAUUCUGUUUUGAGCCCAGUUUUUUUAAAGUUUGUUUAUGAUUGGCACAAAUGGCACCAUUAAAGAUAUGCAAAAUUAGCUAUUAGCAGUCUCUGUUUGCAGUGUACCCAUAGAUGUUUAGACCACUGGUACUGGAUUACUUGGAUACUGAGGAAGACUAAAAUAGUUCUUAAAAGUUCUGAAGCAUUGAUUUUUGGGGGAUUUGUGGACAUUGGUGAUAAUGAUAUCAGGGAUACUGAAUAUUCUGGGUAUCAGGUCCAGUGUGUAACAUUUAGGAGGAUCUAUUGUCAGAAAUGGAAUAUAAUACUAACAGGUAUGUUUUCAUUAGUGAAUAUAGGAAUCAUUGUUUUUGUUACCUUAGAAUGAAUCGUUUUUAUCUACAGACACUGUGGGUCCCUUCCAUGGAGUCCGCCAUGUUGAGCCACCAUGUUACUACAGUAGCCCAGGAGGGACAAACCAAACACUGGCUCUAGACAGGGCCGUUUUCUGCGUAUUUUAUGGUCAAUUUAGUUUCUCCCUUACAUUUGGAAGGGAGGGUGAAAAAAGAGAGUUGCAAUCUGCAGCUACACUGAUAGAUUCAAUUAAAUUCAAUUCAAUUCAAUUUUAUUUGUAUAGCGCCAAUUCAUAACAGAAGUUAUCUCCGGACACUUUUCAAAUAGAGCAGGUCUAGACCGAACUCUUUAUAACAUUAUUUACAGAGACCCAACAGUACCACCAUGAGCAAGACCUUGGCGACAAGGGCAAGGAAAAACUGCCUGUUAAAAGGCAGAAACCUAGGACAGACCCUUCGGCUCUAGGUGGGUGGUCGUCUGUCUCGACCAGUUGGGGUGAGGGAGAGAGAGAGAGAUAGACAGAUAGACAGACAGACAGACAGGUACACAGCAACAACAGUAGCAACAACUACACUAAUAGUAGCAACUGAUGAUGAUGAACAUGACAACAGCAACGAUGAGGGACAAUGAGCAGUGACAACAGCAACAACAGUAACCAUAGCUAUAAUAACAGCAAAAAUAUUAAUAACACUAAUAUCAGUGAUAUUGGCAAUUGUAGUCAAGCGGGACCAUGGUAGGAGGCUCCACCCAGAUCCAUGAGAACCUGCGAGACGAGAAAGCACAAGAACUCCGGGGAAGAAGUGGAGUUAGUAACAUGCAUUAAUGGGACAUGAAUGUGUGCAGAAAGAGAGCGAGAGGCAGACAGGAGCUCAGUGCAUCAUGGGAAAUCCCCCGAUAGUCUAGGCCUAUAGCAGCAUAACUAAGGGAUGGUUCAGGACUCACCUGAUCCAGCCCUAACUAUAAGCUUUAUCAAAGAGGACUGUCUUAAGCCUACUUUUGAAUGUGGUGAGGGUGUCUGCCUCCUGAAUCACAACUGGAAGCUGGUUCCACAGGAGAGGAGCUUGGUAACUGAAGGCUCUGGCUCCUGUUCUACUUUUAGAGACUAUAGGAAUCACAAGUAGCCCUGCAUUCAGAGAACGUAGUGUUCUAGAGUGGUAAUAGGGUACUAUGAGCUCUUUAAGAUAUGAAGGGGCCUGACCAUGAAGAGCUUUAUAGAUGAGGAGGAGGAUUUUAAAUUUUAUUCUACAUUUUACAGGGAGCCAAUGCAGAGAAGCUAGUACAGGAGAGAUGUGAUCUCUUUUUCUAGUUCCUGUCAGUACUCGUGCUGCAGCGUUCUGAAUUAAUUGGAGCGUUUUAAUGGACUUAUUGGGGCAACCUGAUAAUAAAGAGUUGCAGUAAUCUAGCCUUGAAGUAACAAAUGCAUGGAUUAGUUUUUCUGCAUCUGUCUGUGAUAGGAUGUGUCUAAUUUUUGUAAUAUUACGUAAAUGAAAGAAGGCAGUCCUAGAGGUCUGCUUUAUGUGGGAAUUAAAUGACAAAUCCUGAUCAAAGAUAACUCCAAGAUUCCUGACAGUGGUGCUAGAGGCCAAGGUAAUGCCAUCUAGAGUAACUAUAUCUUUAGACAGUGAGUCUCUAAGGUUUUUGGGGCCAAGAACAAGAAUUUCGUUUUUUUCUGAGUUUAACAUCAGAAAAUUGUCAGGAUUUUAUGUCCUUAAGACAUGUUUGUAAUUUAGAUAAUUGAUUAAUUUCAUCAGGCUUGAUCGAUAGAUAUAACUGCGUAUCAUCUACAUAACAGUGAAAGUUAAUGGAGUGAUUCCUAAUAAUGUUGCCUAAAGGGAGCAUAUAUAAAGUAAAUAGUAUUGGUCCAAGUACAGAACCUUGUGGAACUCCAUGACCAACUGUAGUAUUUAUUGAAGAUUCAUCGUUAACAUGUACAAACUGCGAAUGAUCUGAUAAAUAUGACUUAAACCAGCUUAGUGCGGUUCCUUUAAUGCCAAUUUGAUCCUCAAGUCUCUGUAAAAGAAUAUCAUGGUCAAUGGUGUCAAAUGCACCACUAAGAUCUAAUAAUACAAGUACAAAGACAAGUCCAUUGUCAGAAGCAAUCAGAAGGUCAUUAUUAACUUUAACCAGAGCUGUCUCUGUGCUAUGAUGGACUCCUGACUGUAGAUCCACAAAUAAACUAUUGUUUUGUAGAAAGUCACACAACUCUUUGGCGACUACUUUCUCCAGAAUCUUAGAGAGGAAGGGGAGGUUAGAGAUCGGUCUAUAGUUGGCUAAAACCCCUGGGUCAAGAGUGGGCUUUUUAAGAAGGGGUUUAAUUACAGCUACUUUAAAGGACUGUGGUACAUAUCCUGAUAAUAAAGAAAGAUUAAUCAUAUCCAGUAAAGAUAGAUGCCACUGAAUCCUACAUACACAAUCCUAAAGACAGAAAUAUUCAAUUGUUUGACAUGUUUUAGUAUUUUAUUAAUAAUUGCAGUAUUUAAAAAAAGUCUGCUAUGGCUGCUGUGUAACGUUAUCCAAUGCUUGGGGACAAAUGUGCCGGUCAAAGGACGUCCACUAAAAGUGCCUGCUUUUCCCACUUACAGACAGACUGACACUGCUUCUUUAUAUCACCACUUCCACCCUUUUGGUGCUCCCUCUGUGAACACAAAGGUUCUCAAAUUCACACGGAAAUGUGACAGCUAUACUUGUUUUAUUGAGAAUUUUGGGAGCUACAAACAGGAUGACAGGCCAUAUGAAAGUUUAAUAAUCCUGAACAAAAUGUAUGUAUGUGUUUCAGAAUGUCAGUUGUAUGGUUUGUAUUGUUAAUGUUUGUACUGUAAAACCAAAGUUUGCUGCAGUGUGUUUUUAUUGGUCUAAGGACUUUAUAGAGGAUACACAUGUAGUUUUCUAUGUCCCAGGUUAUUUUAAUUAACUCACAGGGCUAUACCGUAUAAUUAACAUUGUUAUACUAUAUAAUUAGCAUUGUUAUACUGCAUAAGUAACAUUGUUUUUUCAACCGUGCCAACAGCUCGUCAUGGUGGAAUCUAAAUUCUCAAACAAACUGACACUGUGCACCUUACUCAUGCUGAACAUCGCCUGCUGUGUGAUCAAAGACAUCAGUUCAGUUCACUGUUUGAUAUGUAAUUUAUAUGUAUUUAUUAAAUAUAUUUUAACACAA